AUGCUUCCCAAACCAAGCCUAGCCAGCGGCUGCUACAUUGUCACUGAUAAUUUAGCGAAAUAUCUGCCGCAAGUUGAGGCUAAGAUCCACACAACAAUCCUGGAUUCGAUAUGCCAGACCAAUCUCACACAAAGCUUUGUCAAUCCAUCGCAGAGCCAGGUGGCCCGGGAAGUCAAGUAUAUAUUCCCCCUUUACGGCGAGGUGUCUGUCGUUGGUUUCACUUGCUGCGUCGGUGAUCGCGUGAUCAAGGGCGUAGUGAAGGAAUCGCGGGAGGCACAGGCAGACUUUGGCAAAGCCAAGGCCCAGGGCAAGACCGCUGCGUUAUUUCAACGAUCCCGCAGGGCCUCUGAUAUAUUUUCCACGACUAUUGGGAACCUCCCUGCCGGCGGGGAAGUGCGCGUGGAGCUGACGUAUCUUGAGGAAUUGAAACAUGAUGCUGAGAUCAAUGGGCUGCGCCUCACGAUUCCCACUCGGAUUUCUCCCCGGUAUGGAUCUGCUACUUGGGAAACAAACGCUCCUGGGGUCAAAGAGCGCGGAAUAUCAAUUACAGUCGAUGUCGAGAUGCCAAGAGGCUCUGUGAUCAGAUCCAUCCAGUCACCAUCCCAUCCUAUGUCUGUCGCCAUAGGCACAUUGUCUACCGCGCCGCAGUCGGAGCCAGCUCUUAGCAAGGCGUCCGCUAGCUUCUCUCAAUCGUCAGUCGGCUUGGAUAUAGACGUCGUCAUUGAUGUAGUGGCAACAAACCUCGCCGAGCCUGCUGCAUUCCUCGAAACUCAUCCAACAAUCCCCAAUCAAAGAGCCCUCAUGAUGACCCUGGUCCCAAAAUUCGAUCUUGCUCCGAUAAAGCCGGAGAUUGUGUUUCUUUGCGAUCGAAGCGGCAGCAUGAGGCCCGAAAUAAAAAAUCUUGUGGCUGCUCUUCAUAUUUUCCUCAGAUCGCUACCCGCUGGAGUUAAGUUCAACAUAUGCAGCUUCGGUACAAAACAUACCUUCAUCUGGGAGCGAUCAAAAGCUUAUGAUCAGGAAUCCUUUGAGGAAGCAAAGAAGCACAUAGAGUCAUUUGAAGCCGACUAUGGCGGAACGAACAUUUUUGAUCCUCUUGAGGCUACUUUUGAGCAGCGAUAUAGCGACAUGAAUCUCGAGGUGUUUGUUCUUACUGACGGUAGAAUCAAUGACCAAGAUAAACUAUUCGACCUCAUUCACAAGUGGACAGCCAAAUCCAACCAGAAUAUACGUGCUUUCAGUCUGGGCGUUGGGUUAAACGUGAGCUCUGCUCUAGUUGAGGGAAUGGCACGGGCAGGCAACGGCUUCGCGCAGACUGUCCACGUUUCAGAGACGAUGGACAAGAAAGUCAUCCGGAUGCUCAAAGGUGCCCUACUUCCUCAUAUCAAGGAUUACAGCCUUGAGAUCAAAUAUGGCAAAGUUGAUGCCCAAAAUGACGAAGACUUUGAAAUCAUCGAAAGUGUUUCAGACUCCCUUUUGGUUCAUUACAAGGAUGAUGAAGAAUGGGUCGAGGUAGAGGGCCAGACUGUAAGGGAAACGGAUCACCAGAUCCCGAAAGGCGAUGAGAAGUCCGAUUCAGGUCCUGCUACUGGACCGAUUCAACCAAAACAUACAAGUUUGCCUGUAAUACCAGCCCCAGACUAUAUUCAGGUUCCAAGCCAAAUCACCCAGGUCUUUCCUUUCAAUCGUACCACAACGUAUGUUCUGCUGUCAACUCAAAAUCAAGAUUUGGAACCAAAGUCGGUCAUCUUGAAAGGAUCUUGCGAUCAAGGGCCUCUAGAGUUAGAGAUUCCCAUUGACCACCUUUCUGGGAAAUCGUCCGUCAUCCACCAGAUGGCGGCUCGCAAGGAAAUUAGGGAUCUAGAAGAGAAUCGAGGUUGGCUUUCUGUAGCCAGAGAUGAUGGCGGGAAACUGCUAAGAGAGAAAUUCCGUCCCGGCUUUUCCAACAUGGCGAAAAGAGAGGCUGUUCGAUUGGGAGUGCUAUUUCAGGUCGUAGGUAAAUGGUGCUCGUUUGUAGCCGUGGAGCCGCCGCAAACUAGAGACCUUGUUGGAUUGGAGAAGGAGAUUGGUGAAAUUGAAAUUUCUCAGGCAUCGACUGAUGAGACACCCGUCACCAGCAGCAGACGUUCGAUGCCCCGCGACAGGACGCAGAUUUCGGGCAACGGCCAAAGGGGAUUUUGCGCACGGAUUGGCAAGCGGAGUGCUGUUGGGUUAUCCAGCAAGGCGCCCAGUUCCUCUUUCACAACACUCUCAUCCCGUUCGAAACCGAAAGCCACGCCAUCGAGCUCCGGAAAAGAUGGGAACAGCCAGCCGAUAGAUAAUGGUGGUAACAAGGUAGACAGCGCUUAUUCCAACCACUCCAAGCUUCAAAGCUUCAUUGCUUUACAAGGCUUUGGUGGUUGCUGGGACUGGAGCAAAGAGUUCGAAGAAAUCACAAAACUCAAAUAUGAUUCUCUUCUCAAGCCCGAUCUCCCGGUCUCCGUUGCUAAUCAUGCGAAUAGUGGCGCCAUCCUGGCCACACUUUGCGCGAUCGCGUUUCUUAAGAAGCAUUUCAUCGAGGAGAAAGAAACCUGGGAUUUGGUGGCAGAGAAAGGUCAAGAUUGGCUCAAGGAUCAAAUCGGAGGUGAGGUUGAAGGGUUAAUGCAGAAGGUCUCCGAUAUGAUUUAG